AUGGCCAGAAUCGACCCUGCGUUGCAAGAUUUUCUAUCACCCCUGAAAAUUGACCAUGGCAGGCUAUAUCGCUUGUCAUACCGCCUCUCUCUGACAUAUCGAGAACUGGCCGCCAGCUCCUCAGAGCAGUUCUUCCCCACUGCCACCACGCGUCUGCCUACAGGUCAAGAAACCGGCCGCUAUCUGGCCGUCUACCUGGGUUUGUACUAUCUGCGAGUAGCGUUCAUUGACCUACUGGGCGAAGAACAAAUAGGCAAACAUUCCCAUGUUCGACGCACGCUAGAGAAAGCGUGGCCGAUCGAAGACCGGUUGCGCCGAGAUCAGCCUGACUCACUAUUUUCCUGGAUCGGAGAUUGUAUCGCAGAAGUGAUUCACGAUGAUCUGGCCAAUUCGAAAGAUGAGACGCCUUCAGAGCUGGCCAUGGGCAUCUCAUUUUGUUUUCCUAUUAAACAAAACUCCGUCAACGAGGCUAUCCUAAUGCCAACUGGCAAGGGCUUUGCAUUGGGAACUUCUCUGAACCUCCAUCAAGCCCUUCUUGACGGCUAUGAAUGCCACACACGGCGCUCGGCGGAAGAUGACCCCGCCGAGAUGCCCGCAAAACGACAAAAGAAAUACUGUCUACCUAAACUCAAGAUCUCCGUUAUGACUAACGAUACUAUCUCCACGCUCGCAUCUCUGGCUUACUCUAUUCGCGCUCUUCCCAAUACGCGCGUCGUAAUGGGCCUGCUAGUAGGCGCGGGCUGCAACUCUGCGGUACCGAUGAAACUUACCGACCUGCAAGAGUCAAAAAUCCGCCAUAUCCGAGAGAAAGACCCUGAUGCAGUGGAGUCGGUUGUCUCUACCGAAUGGACACUUCGAGGCGCAACGGGGCCAUUGCAGGAAUUCGAUGUUGUCACCAAGUGGGAUACCGAGCUGGAUACUCAUUCGAACCUGCCCGGUUUCCAGCCCCUUGAGUAUAUGGUGGGCGGUCGUUAUAUUGGCGAGCUGGUGCGGAUUAUCAGCUAUGACUGGUUUAAGAAUAUCAAGGCUGUACCACGGUCGGCAAUGCCCGUGAAGUUGAUCACCGAAUAUGCUCUCACGACAAAUUUCCUUUCCCUCUCUGUGGCAUCAAGCUACUCCGAUGAGAAAUUGGCCGAAGACUUGAUGCGAGAAAUGCCCCCUCCAGAGUCCAGUGAUUGGGCGUGGACGGCCGAGUAUGCUGGUCAUAUUCGCGCUAUAGCAGCCGCCGUGCAGGACCGAUCUGCUGCGCUGAUUGCCGCCGCCACAGUUGGACUUCUCGCGUGUAUUCGUGAGAUCGAAUUGCAAGAUAAAGAUCACCCCGAGUCGAUAGCCAAGAAUUCCAAUGGAAGCCAGCAGGUGUCAACUGAAAACCGAAAGAUCCCAGAUUUCGGAUCCUCGACGCCAGGAUGGCUCAAGGGGCCGGAGGAAUUGGUCGUGGCUGUCAAUGGUGGUGUCAUCCAACACUACCCGCAUUAUAAAGAGACUGUUCAACGCUACGUUGACCGGCUAGUCAUCAGUGCGGGACCUCAGAGCGAAGGGAAGAGCAUCUUCCUUCGAGAAGCAAGUGACGGUGGCAUCAUCGGCGUGGGUGUCCUUGCAGGUACCGUGGCCGGUGAUAUUGACGGGAUUAUUGGGUCAACAUUUGAGCGAGAAACCGAGGCCGAGGCUGACGCAAAUGUUAAGGAACUCGCAGGUUCUGAGCAAUGA